CUGGGGGGUAUUCUUUGCUCGCUUGCCCUCUUUCGCUUUUCAUCUUUGGCGUGCGUGCGUUGUGUGAGCCUGUGAGGAGAAGUCCGGGCUGGGCUGGCUGGCUGGCCCGCUGUCGGUCCGUCUGUCAUUCUGCCUGCCUGCCUGCCUGCCUGCCGCAUUCGCCCGAACGAGCGAGCCAGGGAGCGAGGGAGGGAACGGGACGAGGGCAAAGGAGCUUCUACGACGCCAGUCGAAGCUCUCUCGCCCGCCCUAUCACACGACGACCAUCUGAUCUUUUGUGUCUCGGACUCUUCCCCUCUCAUUGUCCAAAACCAGAAACAACAAAGAGAAGCGGAGAGAGCGAGAGAUUGCGAGAGCGAGAGAGAGGUCGGGGGAGGAGGAGGAGCAGCAGCAGCAGCAGCAGCGGGAGCUACUGCUGGAGCAGGAGAAAGAGAACAAGAGGAGGGAGGAAAAGGAGUGGAGGGAAAAGAUUGGCUAUGGCGGGGAGGUUUGAGAACAUUGAUCGUCGGGAGAGGGAGUGUUUCCAUCGCCUAAUUAUCAUCAGGGUGCCGCUUGCCGUUCACUGCAACAUCCACUGAGGACGACGAGCCCAAUCUAUUUCAUCAAUCUAGAAAUCGUUGUUUAUGUCAAUCGCGUUUGGAGUUGGUGGGAAGCAGCGCGAGCAAGAGAAGGAGAAGGAGAACGAGCGCGUGAGCGAGGAAGCGUGAGGGAGCGCAGGAGAGCGUUUUUGUGGAGGACGCUUGUCUUUUGAUCCGGGGUAGUAAGGUGGAAGACGAAAAGGCGGUGGAGCAAAGAUAGGAUAGCGUGAGGAGGGGACGAAAUCUUCGUAUAGGGCUUUGAGUUUGAGGUUUGAGAAGCUUAGGGAAAGGGGGAGACAAUAGGAUGGAUCCCGUUGUCGGAUUCGAAUUUAUGCGAGCUUCGGUACAAGGAGUUUUCGAUUGGUGGGAUCAAGUGAAUGAAUCACCGCUCUGGCAGGAACGCAUCUUCUUUGGUCUGGCGAUAGCAUAUGGGACCAUCGCUCUUGCUGCUCUCAUCCAACUUGUCCGGAUCGAGAUUAGAGUACCUGAGUUUGGCUGGACCACACAGAAAGUUUUCCAUCUUCUCAACUUUGCAGUCAAUGGAGUAAGGGCGUUUGUCUUCCUCUACCGAGAUGAGGUCCAAUACUUGAGUCCCGAGAUAUGGCAAUCUGUUCUCUUGGACUUGCCCGGUCUUCUCUUCUUCACCACAUACACACUUCUGGUCCUCUUUUGGGCCGAGAUUUACCACCAGGCUCGGAGUAUGCCGACUGACAGACUUCGCCCAGCGUUUUUUGUAAUAAAUGCUCUAAUCUACAUUGCCCAGGCAUUUUUAUGGGUCUACUUAUGGUGGUCUCCAAGUGCAGUGGUGGAAACAAUCUCGAAGUUGUUCUUCGCCUGUGUAUCCCUCGCCGCCGCUGUCGGCUUUUUGCUCUACGGGGGCAGGCUGUUCCUUAUGCUUCGACGGUUCCCUAUUGAGUCCAAGGGUCGGCGGUCGAAAUUACGGGAGGUUGGCGCCGUUACUGCCAUAUGCUUCAUUUGCUUCACGAUCAGAUCAAUCAUUAUGUCAUUUUCUGUAUUCGACAAGAAAGCAGACCUGGAUGUACUGAACCAUCCACUGUUGAAUGCAAUUUGCUACACGUUGACAGAAAUCAUCCCUUCCGCUCUCGUGUUAUACAUCCUGCGGAAGCUGCCCCCAAAGAAAACUACCACCGCAUACCAUCCUAUUCGAUGAAAGGCAUAGCGAUAUCGACAGUCAAUGGAGCCUCUUAUUUCCGGGGCUGUACAGGGAUUGUGUAAAAUCAAACAGCAAGUGCAUUGACAUGAACCUCCCUCGACAGUGAGUGUCUUGGCCCACUGUGAUCCAUUUUGUGGCUUGACAGCAAAAGGAGCCCCUGGGCAAAAAUAGAGGCUGUCAGUUGCCGAAUCAAGGUGGAAAGGAUUGGUCAUAUCUGCUGUGGCCAUCUAAAGUGAAGGCGGGUGUGCAUUGUGUGGUUGGAGGAACGGUGACCUUUUAUUGGGGAAAUUAUUAUAGUAUAUCUAUGGUGCUUGCGUACUUGCUUGUAAAUCUUCUUUUCUGUCUUGCUAUUAUUUCUAGAAUCUCCAGUGUAAGGGUUAUUACCCAGCAUAUGUGAAAUCUGAAAUCGUCGCAAGGUUGGGAAUCAUAAUUAUGAUUUCUAACCUUUAGAAGGUUUUUUCUUGACAUUAGUGCAAGAACAGAAGUUUGGUCCUUCCAUAGUAGAGUUCACAGUUCCCCUAGAGGCGAGGAUUAAUCAUCCAUGGAAGAGAAUAGACCUUUUUAGGUUUUAGGUGUGAAGCGAUUGUAUGCUUGAUAUCGAAAGCAUUCAGCAAUGUCGAAAUAAUCCUUGUCCAGCCAUGUGUAACGAGAUGUUUCAAUAGUCCGUAUGCUGAGUAGACCCAAACGAGGAGUAGAGUCCGAUUGAGUUAGUCAACAGAUUCGUAGUGUCGACACUUUCCACCACCUUAAAGAAUUUACAGGAGCUUCACUGUAAGUCAGCUCUUCCUUGCGCCGUUUGGUUUGUAAUUCUGCUAGUUUUAAUGAAAAUCUUCGAAUAUCGAUAUGCA